UGUAGCGUUUCUCCGCAUGCCAGCGCAGAGCUGUUCACUAGAGCUGAAGCGCAGGUGGUCGGUCGGGAGCGCGCCUUGUAAAUACUUAGCGCUCCCUCAGUCCGUACAAUUGUAUAUCGUUGUAUAUAGAAAAAUACCACUAAGGUAGAUGCUAUUUUUCACGAAAUAUAUUUUUCCACAAGUGAAUAAGGAAUGACUUGUAAAUGCAAAUGUGAAAGGAGAGAGAAUUUGUCUUUGUGUUAAGACAGUUAAUCCUAAAAGUCCUUCUUCGACACCUCAUAGAAACACACACAGAGAUCCAGCAUCAUGGUGAUUAUGACAGACAGCAGCACGGGCCCUCAGUGCGCUCCCGCCGGGGUCCGGCCACUGCAGGUCGGCUUUUAUGAAAUCAUCAAAACACUCGGCAAAGGAAACUUUGCUGUGGUGAAACUGGCCAGACACAAAGUGACAAAAACACAGGUUGCAAUCAAAAUAAUCGAUAAGACAAGACUGAACCCGGAAAACUUGGAGAAGAUCUACAGGGAGGUUCAGAUAAUGAAAUUGCUUAACCACCCUCACAUCAUAAAGCUCUAUCAGGUCAUGGAGACCAAAGACAUGCUGUACAUCGUGACAGAGUAUGCAAAAAAUGGAGAGAUGUUUGACUAUUUGACGUCGAAUGGACGGAUGAGUGAAAAUGAGGCUCGUAAGAAGUUUUGGCAGAUUCUGACGGCAGUGGAUUACUGCCACCGGCACCACAUUGUCCAUAGGGACCUCAAAACUGAAAACUUGCUGCUAGAUGCCAACAUGAACAUCAAACUGGCAGACUUUGGCUUUGGGAAUUUUUAUAACGCUGGAGAGCCUCUGUCCACAUGGUGCGGAAGUCCACCGUACGCUGCCCCAGAAGUCUUUGAGGGCAAGGAAUACGAGGGACCACAGUUGGACAUUUGGAGUCUGGGUGUGGUUUUAUAUGUGCUAGUGUGUGGGUCCCUUCCCUUUGAUGGUGACAGUCUUCCUGCCCUGCGACAAAGAGUUACAGAGGGCCGUUUCAGAAUACCAUUCUUCAUGUCACAAGACUGUGAAAACCUGAUUCGAAAGAUGCUGGUGGUUGACCCAGCCAAGCGAAUAAGUGUGGCCCAGAUCAAGCAGCACCGCUGGAUGUUAGCAGACCCCAGCGCACCCCACCAGACCCUCUCCGUGUCCCUUUCUGACUAUAACUCCAACCUGGGAGACUACAGUGAACCUGUCUUGGGAAUCAUGCAGACCCUAGGCAUUGACAGACAGAGGACUGUGGAGUCUCUCCAAAACAGUAGCUACAACCACUUCUCAGCAAUCUAUUACCUGCUGCUGGAAAGAGUGAAGGAGCACCGUAGCCAGCAGCUCAGCCGCCAAUGUGGGGCCUGGAAUCCAAGAUCCAGGACGACAUCUGAUUCCUCAACUCCGGAGGUGAUUAUGGAGUCAUCAGACAUCUUCAGGACUUCUGCCUUUUCUGCUGCCACAAAGGUGAACAGUCCUGUCCAUUCAGAGAUGGAGUGUGAACAAGGAGGCCUGUUUCAGCGCGUGGUGUGCCCAGUGGAAGCCAGUCUGAACGGGCUCUUGUGGAACCGAUCCAUCUCACCCAACAGCCUGCUGGAGACCACCAUCAGUGAAGAAGUGCGUCCUCAUGACCUUGAAGAGGAAGAGGGGCUGCUGCAGGUCCAGCCUCCCCAUCUGCCCAGCACCACAUCUCGCAGACACACUCUGGCAGAAGUCUCUGCACGAUUCCACCAGUGCAAUCCACCCUGUAUAGUGGUUAGCCCAUCAGACGGUGCUGCUUCAGACAGCUGUUUGAAGUCCUCUUCCAACCCAAACCCAGCUUUCUCAAAUGCUAUAGGGGACCUUUCCAAGCUGUUUAAUUCUGGUCUUGGCGUCGGGGCUUUAGCUCCUACUGGGACACCCCUAGCUUUAUCCUCCAACCUACUAUUGCAGAACCAAGGAAGUAUGCUUGCAGCAAGCUUUCAAGAGGGUCGCAGGGCUUCAGACACCUCCCUUACGCAAGGACUGAAAGCAUUCAGACAGCAGCUGCGUAAGAACACUCGUACGAAAGGCCUGCUAGGAUUGAACAAGAUCAAAGGUCUGGCACGACAGGUGUGUCCUCCGACCUCAUGUUCGAGGGGCAGCCGGGGUUCACUCGGCCCAAGUAUGUGCCCACCCUCAAGCCUCCAGAGCUCUGGUGGUCUCCGUGAGCGCCGUAGCAUGCUGGAAGAAGUUCUGCACCAGCAGAGGAUGCUACAGAUUCAACACCAACCUCAGCCCCAAGUCCAGUCUCAACCCCAGCAGUCCAUGCUGUUCCUCUCACAGCCUCUCCCCUCAUCUCCUCCUUCCAACAAUCUAUUCGCCCCAGCUGCCCUUUUUUCCAACCCCCCCACUCAGCCUAUCCUCCCUCCAUGCCAACAGAACUCCAUCGCCGUCCAGCACAACCUGUGGCAACAGCCUCUCGACUCAUCUUCCACAACCCUCUCUCCUGUGGCUUCUGCUGCCCAUCUUCUGGAAGCUCGUCUGCACAUCAGCCAGCGCCCACAUCUCCACUCACACCCCCAGACCCAACAGCACCUGCAGAUGCACUCCACCAUCCAGCCCCAGAGGCCUUUCACCCUCUUGCCCCACCAGGUCAGUUGGAGCCUGAACACCAGCAUGGAUCCAGAACCGAAUGUCCAGGAACUGGCUUGUGCUGGACAAAAGCAGCAGCUUAGCAGCUGUGUCAUGGUUAAGUAAAGAAACUGAAAAGACUUAAUGGAAGAUUGAUAAACGAUUGGCCCUUAUGGAGCCAAUGGUGUUGAGAACAUGAGCGUCAGAACCAGUGAGCAAUGAGACACUCAGUAGUUUUCUGAUACAAAGAGAAGACAAUUGUAAUAUCUCUGGAACAACAAACAAUUCCACGUUUGUGUCUGUAUGUGUUGGAAUGACCAGAGAAAACAAGAAGCAAUAACCAAACUCUUUAUUGAGCCCAAAACCCUUGCCAAGUGCUCCUGUCCACACAGCAAUAACGGACAGGACACCAAAGCAGGGAAUUAUAGUGUUUAAUCAAUUUGUGAGUGGGUCGACUCACAUAUAAAACUUGCCUCCAUAAUCUUAAACGAUUAUGUCAGAGACUUUUGUUUUUCCUUUAUACAAGUAUGAAAAUAGGAUUGUUGUCUUCCUUAGAUUUUUCCAAGGAUUUCCUUUCAGGGUUUUAGUUUUUUUUAUUUAGUUUCCAAAGAAGACCAAAGUUGAUUGCUUUUCGCAUUCGUUUUAUGCCUCUUUGAUUUCUUUCCUAGAAGUUCUUGAUACAGCAUACAGUAUCCCAAACUUCCAAAAGCAAGAUAAAAUACUGUAGUUGUAUCUGUGAUGUAAAAACGUGCGUUGUGCAAAUUGGCCAAGCUAUUUUGCCAAUGCCUUGCAUAUGAGGUGAUCAGAAGCCUCUUCCUACGAGGGGUAAAUAAAGACAAAUACGAGUAAGCUAGAUAUAGUGUAAGCACAAAAGGUACUGCGUAAGAGGUUCACUUAGACAGUUGUGUGAAUGUGUGUCUUUGUCCUUGUGCUUUUGCUGUUUGUGACAUUGACGUCUAUUGCUGCUUUAUGUUUUAUCAGGUCCAGACAAAGACACUAGACAAUUGCAUCAUACAAAUGUGCACCAACCAAUGACUUAUGCUUAAUGAAAUUAGGAGACUUUGUCUGGCUUAGUUAUUCAGAAACCUCUUCCGUCAGAUCUCUACCUCCUGCAUAACUGAUCAUUCACCUCAGAAGGCUGUAGUUGAAUAGACACUGUAUGAGUAUAAGUUAGGCCCAUUAUAAUUCCCCCUGACCAUUAUUGGUGUACAUUUCUUUGUUUGUUUCGUUUUUUCUUUAAGACAGUGAACAAAGAUUAUGACAAUUGUGCAAUACUUCCCUUUUGAAAUGUAGAACCAGGACAAGAAGCUGUUGUAGGAAAGCGAAAGGUACUAAAAGCUUAAUCGUUUUAUUUCAUUCUUUUUUUCUGUUUAGAAAGUUUUUUCUAUUUGCAAUGAUUGUACGUACAAGAUUUAAAAAAAUAUAUGUAUUAGCAUAGGAAAUAAGAGCUUGCCGAUUAUAUACGGCCCACGUGACACAGGUUGCCUUCGCAUCAGGUUGGCUUUUGCAAAAAUAGGAAAAGCCAAAGAGCAAGAAAGCACAGGAGAUAUUACUGCUUUUUCUUCCAAUGUGAUAGUCAUGAAAAGCUCUCUGUUUAUCGAAGUGUAGCGCUUUUGAAAUCUCCCAAAAGCUACAAAGAUACAGUAGCUGCCUCCUCUAGCUAACAAAUAUUUGAUAAGCAAUUGUUUUUAGAGAGCAGGUCACAGAUGGACCAUGCAUUUACGUACUAUUGUAUUUUUUAUUUCAAAUGCACACAUAAAUGCAUACACUCAUAGCUGUAGCAAUAGAGUUGAAUUUUAUACUUGUACUUACUUUCUAAGUUUGCUCAUCAGACAUUGCAUCUAGGUGCUAGAAGUAGAAGCGUAUGGGUUUGUGUCUCGUUUAUAUGAAAUAAUCGUGUGUGUUAUCGUUGUCAAAACUCGGUUUUGCUUGAGGCACUGUUUCUAAAGCCCUAGAUGAUCCUAGUGCAUGUCAGUCUAUGUGAAUUAAACAUGUAUAUGUGCAAUGGUUUCCAGUAGUUUAGCAAAUAACUGUACUGUGUUGUUUCCUGAUUUGCUAAAAAAUUACAGUGUUUGAAACCAAUGCAGAAAAAGAUGCUAAUGGAAGAAACAGUGUUAAGCAUUUUUCAUUUUCGCCACUCACCACCAAUACUUGUGCCUUUUUCUGAACAAAUUUAAUGGUGGUGAAACUUUGAUUUUAAAUCUACAGAGGUGAAAAUCUGCAUAAACGCGCCAUUUUAAAUUUUCAUUGAAUUUUUUUUUUUUUUUUUUUUUUGAUAAUGCACUUUACAGUGAUGAAUGCUUGUGUUAAAAAAUAGUGUUUGUUUUCACUGCUGGUUUAGAGAAGUCUAAGGUUAAUUUAAUGUAACUUUUGAAACACUAUGCUGUGCUGCGAAGCCUUUUUUUUGUUAUUUUGUUAUAAUUCUCUUGAUUUGCUUGCUUACUGUAUGUGUGCUCACAAAGAAAUGAGAGAAAUUAUACAUGGUUGUGUGAAAGUACCUGAGAGAUAAUGUUGUAUUUAUGUGGCUAUUUAUUUGAAUAAAAAUUCUCCCCUUGAA